AUGUCCUUAAGCACCCCUGCAAAGACGAUAUCUAUACCCGCUUCUGGAUGUAACAUCAACAAGGCUCAACUUCCCGAUAACGCCCUUGUCCUUCCUCCUACCACCCAGCUGCAAGCUUUACUCACCAUCAUCCGGAACGAGAAGACCCAAAGCACUUCGGAUAGGAUCAUUAGACUAUUGGUCGAGGAAGGGUUGAACCACCUUCCUGUCAUCCCAAGGACCGUGAGAACGCCAGUUGGAAAAGAGUAUGAUGGGGUAGCUUUCCAGGGUCGGAUAUGUGGGGUUUCUAUCAUGAGGGAGAUCUUGAUCCAAAGGGACGAAGAGACGGCGCAGGCUAAGUUAUUUUACGCCAAACUGCCGGAGGAUAUAGCCGAUCGAUAUUGUCUGCUCUUGGACCCGAUGCUAGCUACGGGUGGAUCGUGUAUCAAGGCCAUCGAAGUACUGCUCUCCCAUGGCGUUCAGGAAGAGCGGAUCAUCUUUCUCAACCUGAUUGCAUCGCCUCAAGGUGUCAAUAAUGUCUGCUCUCGGUUUCCCAAGCUCCGUAUCAUCACUGCAUGGGUCGAUGAAGGCCUGGACGCGAAUGCGUAUAUCGUCCCCGGUCUGGGCGAUUUCGGAGAUAGAUACUUUUUGUGA